AUGGCAACCGCGGCCUGGCCUGACGACACGGGCACCUCGUCGUCGUCAACUGCCAGCAUUGAAUUGACGCUGAACUUGAGCGCCUGCUUGUCCACGACCGCUGUCAUCGCUCACUUGGCCUGUGACGCCGACCAGUCGGAGGUUAUGCCGUGGUUGGGGUCAAAUGGAAAAAAUAGCUGUCACCUCGAGUCAGCUGACGCGUUGGCAACCGGAUCUGUCUGCGGCAGCGUUGAUUGGCCGAGCGGAAUGGCGAUGCGCACCAAUCAGACGGCUGGAAAGGGGACACGGCGCCAGUCGACGCCUGAUUGGUGGAGCCGCCGGGCCUGCCUGGCCUUUGAUUGGCCACUAUUUGACGAGACGCCUCGCGUCUGUUGCCUCUUUCGACAAAGCCCGCAGCAAACGCUUCUUCCGGAGUGGGGACUCGGGCCGUCCUCGUGA